AUUGGACAGUUUGAGUUUCUCUUCAAGAAUCUGAAAUGUAGGUCAGGGCUUUGCUGACAUUUCCACUUGCUUCAUAGCUGAGAACCUGAAGUGAUCACUGACAGGCAGGCGGUGGGGAAAGAAGAGGUGACGCCAGCCUGGCUCUGAAGUGAAAUUAUGUGCUUCAAACAGACUGAAAGAGAGGAACAAAGAGCCUUCCCUGCUUUCAGACAUGAAUCAGGUCACAUUUCAGUGGGAUGUGUUAAUAGCUCUUUACAUAUUCUUCAGCUGGUGUCAUGGAGGAAUUACAAAUAUAAACUGCUCUGGUCACAUCUGGGUAGAACCAGCCACAAUUUUUAAGAUGGGUAUGAAUAUCUCCAUAUAUUGCCAAGCAGCAAUUAAGAACUGCCAACCAAGGAAAUUUUAUUUUUAUAAAAAUAACAUCAAAGAAGGAUUGAAAAUCACAAGGAUUAAUAAAACGACAGCUAAGCUUCGGUAUGACAACUUUCUGGAACCACGUGCCUCCAUGCGUUGCACGGCUGAAUGUCCCGGAUAUUCUCGAGAGACACUGAUAUGUGGAAAAGACAUUUCUUCUGGAUAUCCACCUGAUGUCCCUGAGGAGGUAACCUGUGUAAUUCACGAAUAUUCAGGCAACAUGACUUGUACCUGGAACACCGGGAAGCCCACCUACCUAGACACAAAGUAUCUGGUGCACUUGAAGAGUUUAGAGACAGAAGAAGAACAACAAUAUCUCUCCUCAAAUUCUAUAAACAUCUCCACUGAUUCAUUACAAGGAGGCAAGAAGUAUUUGGUCUGGGUCCAAGCUGCAAAUGUACUAGGUAUGGAGAAGUCAAAACAACUGCAAGUUCACCUGGAUGAUAUAGUGAUACCUUCAGAAGCCAUCAUUUCCAGGGCUGAGGACAGAAAUACUACAGUCCCCAAGACCAUAAUUCAUUGGAAUAGUCAAACAACAAUUGAAAAGGUUUCCUGUGAAAUGAGACACAAGGCUACAACAAACCGAACUUGGAAUGUUAAGGAAUUUGAUACCAAUUUUACUUAUGUGCAACAGUCAACAUUUUAUUUGGAGCCAAAUACCAAAUAUGUAUUUCAAGUGAGAUGUCGAGAAACAGGUAAAAGCUACUGGCAGUCCUGGAGUUCACCUUUUUUUCAUAAAACACCUGAAACAGUUCCCCCGGCCACACUGAAAUCAUUCCAACAUGACACUCAGAAUUCUGGGCUUCUAGUUGCUUCCGUUUUUAAAGGACACCUUACUUCUGACAACAGGCAACAAGACAUUGGACUUUUAUCAGGAAUGGUCUCCUUCGCUGCUGUGUUGUCAAUUCUUUCUUUGAUUGGGAUAUUUAACAAAUCACUCCGAACGGGCAUUAAAAGAAGAAUGUUAUUGCUAAUACCAAAAUGGCUUCAUGAAGACAUUCCUAGUAUGAAGAACAGUAAUGCUGUGAAAAUGCUUCAGGAAAAGAGUGAAUUCAUGAAUAAUAAUUCCAGCGAACAGGUCCUAUACGUUGAUCCAGUGAUGACAGAGAUAGAAAUCUUUCUCCAAGAAGAACACAAGCCCAUGGACCACAAGAAAGGAAACAAUACGGGAGCCCUGGAGACAGCAGGGUGCCUGCAGAAGUCACUGCUCACCGGCACCACAGUUGUGUAUAUUCCUGACAUCAACACAGGGUAUAAACCCCAGGUUUCAAAUUUUCUCACCGAGGAAGACCAUUUCAACAAUGAUGAUGAUACCGAUGCCUCCGCUCUCAAACCAACAGUUGAUUCCUUAGACCUGGAAAAAAAUGCCCUUUUUAAAAAAUACCCUAAGUUUGCUCUUUCUGUCUCAAGUAUGCAUUCCCUAAACAAUACACUAUUUCUUGAAGAAUUAAGCCUCAUUUUAAAUCAAGGAGAAAGCAAUCCUUCUGACAUGCAAAACUCGACAGAGGAGGAAACCACCCUGCUUUUGGGACAUGCUUCCCCCCGUGAAACUCUUCCAGAGCAGACCCUGCUGCCCGACGAAUUUGUCUCCUGUUUGGGGAUCAUGAAUGAGGAGUUGCCAUCUAGUAAUUCUUAUUUCCCACAAAAUGUUUUGGAAAACUGCUUCAAUAGGAUGUCACUCUUGGAAAAGUAGAGCUGUGUAGUCAAAAUUAAUGUGAGAAAGCUGCUUUGCAGUCUGAAGUUGAAUUUCCCCCUCAACCUAAAUUUAAUUCUGCCCUAUUUUUUAAAAAAAAUUAGAGAAUUAAGAUCCAAAGAUGGAACCUACUUUAUGGUCACAAAAGAAGUAGCAAUAUUAGGGACACUUCCAGUAUUUUUCAAAAGAAUCAACGAUAUCCUUUUCAUGUUCCCUCCUUGCCAGGCACAGAACAGCUCUCUCUGUUGUAGGAAGGAUAAAAUAAUACAAAGUAUAUGGUAGUGAAGUAAAUGCUGAAAAUAGUUAUUUAAAACCAAGACAUUAAUAUUAGCUUGCGAGGGCAGAAGCAAGUUUAAUUUUCACUUUCUUGCUUAUAAUUAUCUUGAGUAGAUAAAAACAUAGCCCACAACAACAAAAUAAGCAAAGGACAGAAACAGAGGAGCAACUAAUUAGCAUGUUUGCUGUACUAUUUUUUCUAUUCAGGUGUUAGAUAUUUGAUCUUUCCUUAUUUUGAUUAUGGACUAAGGAAGUUAUAAAACAAUGAUGU